GGGCGGCGGGGAGGGGAGGGGAUAGCGCGGGAGCGCGCCCGCCGCGGCUCUUCUCGCCGGGCUGCCGAGCGGGCAGCAGCAGCAGCAGCGGGAGGGAGAGCGCCAGUACCCCCUCGACCCUCUUCUCCCCGGGCACAGGGGCCGCACCUUCCCGCAAGGCAGUAACAUAAAGACCUGUCACACAGGAGAUAAGAAAAAGAGGAGAAGUAAAGAGAGAGACCAACUUUCUCAGAAGUUAUUUUUACAAAGGAUCAAUAUUUCAAGAUGUAUGAAGGAGAAGGGUCUAACUGAGAAGCUGCCUUGAUUCACUGUUAUUCUUACUAUGACUGGAUUGACUGAAAAUUGCCUCAAAUAGUAAGGUUUCUUGUCUAUAUGUACAUAUCUACUGCAAGCUAUCUAGUCUUACGAAGUUGAACUACAUUCUUCAAGUGUGAUUUACUCAGUACAGCCUAAAAUCAUGAUGAAAAAGAUGAGCAUACCUACAAGCAAAGCUUCCCUGGUCCUCUUUCUGUGCCAAAUUAUUUCUGCACUGGAUGUACCUCUUGACUCAAAACUUCUAGAAGAAUUGUCACAACCUCCUACGAUAACUCAGCAAUCUCCAAAAGAUUACAUUGUUGACCCUCGAGAGAAUAUUGUAAUACAGUGUGAAGCCAAAGGAAAGCCACCUCCUAGCUUCUCCUGGACACGCAAUGGAACUCAUUUUGAUAUAGAUAAAGAUGCACAGGUAACAAUGAAACCAAAUUCAGGGACUCUCGUCGUAAAUAUUAUGAAUGGUGGGAAAGCAGAAGCAUAUGAGGGAGUUUACCAGUGUACAGCAAGGAAUGAACGAGGAGCAGCCAUUUCCAACAAUAUCGUUAUAAGGCCUUCUAGAUCGCCUUUGUGGACGAAAGAAAAACUAGAACCAAAUCAUGUUCGUGAAGGUGAUUCCCUAGUACUGCACUGCAGACCUCCUGUUGGCUUACCACCACCUAUCAUAUUUUGGAUGGAUAAUGCUUUCCAAAGGCUGCCUCAAAGUGAAAGAGUUUCCCAAGGUCUCAAUGGUGAUCUUUAUUUUUCUAAUGUACAACCAGAAGACACCCGGGAGGACUAUAUCUGCUACGCAAGAUUUAAUCACACGCAAACUAUACAGCAGAAACAGCCCAUAUCUGUGAAAGUCUUUUCAAUGGAUUCAUUGAAUGACACUAUAGCUGCUAAUUUGAGUGACACUGAUAUUUAUGGUGCAAAGCCAGUUACAGAAAGGCAGCCAGUUCUUCUAACACCAACAGGUAGCACAAGUACCAAAGUGGAACUCAGAGGAAAUGUGCUUCUGUUGGAGUGCAUUGCAGCAGGAUUACCCACACCAGUAAUCCGCUGGAUCAAAGAGGGUGGGGAACUGCCAGCUAACAGAACAUUUUUUGAAAACUUCAAGAAAACUCUCAAGAUUAUAGAUGUUUCAGAAGCUGACUCUGGGAAUUACAAAUGUAUAGCAAGAAAUACAUUAGGUUCAGUUCAUCAUGUCAUUUCAGUAACUGUGAAAGCUGCUCCAUACUGGAUAACAGCACCCAGAAACUUGGUUUUGUCUCCUGGAGAAGAUGGAACAUUGAUCUGCAGAGCUAAUGGCAACCCAAAGCCUAGUAUAAGCUGGUUGGCAAAUGGUGUUCCCAUAGCAAUUGCCCCAGAAGAUCCUAGCAGAAAGGUGGAUGGUGACACCAUUAUUUUCUCACACGUGCAAGAAAGGUCAAGUGCUGUCUAUCAGUGCAAUGCUUCUAAUGAAUACGGAUACUUGCUAGCAAAUGCGUUUGUGAAUGUUCUGGCUGAGCCACCAAGAAUUCUAACUCCUGCUAAUAAACUGUAUCAAGUCAUUGCAGACAGUCCCGCAUUGCUAGACUGUACUUAUUUUGGGUCACCUAAGCCUGAAAUUGAAUGGUUUAAGGGAGUGAAAGGUAGCAUCCUGCGUGGAAAUGAAUACGUUUUUCAUGAUAACGGAACCUUGGAAAUUCCGGUGGCUCAGAAGAAUAGUGCUGGUACAUACACAUGUGUAGCAAGAAAUGAAUUAGGAAAGAUACAAAAUGAGGUGCAGUUGGAAAUUAAAGAUCCAACGAUGAUCAUUAAACAGCCAGAAUACAAAGUGAUUCAGAGAUAUGGCCAGGUUUCUUUUGAGUGUAUAAUAAAACAUGAUUCUACCUUACUACCAACUGUUACAUGGUUGAAGAACAAUGAUGAACUGCCAGAUGAUGAAAGGUUUCUAGUUGGUAAAGACAACUUGACCAUUAUGAAUGUAACUGAUAAAGAUGAUGGAACAUAUACUUGCAUAGUUAAUACUACUCUGGACAGUGUUUCAGCAAGUGCUGUGCUUACUGUUGUUGCUGCUCCCCCAACACCAGCUAUCAUUUACGCUCGGCCAAAUCCACCCUUUGACUUGGAAUUGACAGGUCAGCUAGAAAGAAGCAUUGAUCUCUCUUGGAUACCAGGAGAUGAAAACAACAGUCCCAUUACAAACUUUGUAAUUGAGUAUGAAGAUGCGCUGCAUGAACCAGGAGUGUGGCAUUACCAGACGGAAGUCCCUGGCACUCAGACAACGGCGCAGCUCAAGUUGUCUCCCUAUGUCAACUACUCGUUCCGUGUGAUAGCUGUCAAUAAGAUUGGCAGAAGCCAGCCAAGUGAGCCAUCUGAGCAGUACCUGACAAAAUCUGCAAGCCCUGAUGAAAAUCCUGCUAAUGUACAGGGGAUAGGCUCAGAACCUGAUAAUUUGGUAAUAACAUGGGAGCCUUUAAAAGGUUUUCAGUCUAAUGGACCAGGGCUUCAGUACAAAGUCAGCUGGCGCCAGAAAGAUGUUGAUGAUGAAUGGACAUCUGUUAUAGUUGCAAAUGUAUCUAAAUAUAUUGUGUCUGGUACACCAACCUUUGUUCCAUAUGAAGUAAAAGUGCAAGCUUUAAAUGACUUGGGGUAUGCACCAGAGCCAUCAGAGGUGAUUGGACAUUCAGGGGAAGACUUGCCAAUGGUUGCUCCAGGCAAUGUGCAGGUUCAUGUUAUUAACAGCACAUUAGCAAAGGUGCAUUGGGACCCAGUUCCACUAAAAACUGUCCGAGGACACCUUCAAGGGUACAAAGUUUACUACUGGAAAGUGCAGAGUCUAUCCAGAAGGAGUAGACGACACAUAGAAAAAAAGAUCUUGACUUUCAGGGGAAACAAGACUUUUGGAAUGUUACCAGGGCUGGAGCCCUAUAGUUCCUACAAGCUGAAUGUUAGAGUUGUUAAUGGUAAAGGAGAAGGACCAGCAAGCCCAGACAAAGUAUUUAACACCCCUGAAGGAGUUCCUAGUUCACCCUCCUUUCUGAAGAUUACUAACCCAACACUGGACUCUCUGACUCUGGAGUGGGGUUCACCCACCCAUCCAAAUGGUGUUUUGACAUCAUAUACGCUGAAGUUUCAGCCAAUCAACAACACACAUGAAUUGGGUCCUUUGGUAGAGAUAAAAAUUCCUGCCAACGAGAGCAGCUUGAUAUUAAAAAAUUUAAAUUACAGCACCCGGUACAAGUUUUACUUUAACGCACAAACUUCAGUUGGAUCAGGAAGUCAGAUAACUGAGGAAGCAGUAACAAUUAUGGAUGAAGUGUUCCUAUUCUUGUUUUCCUCCAUUAAAGCUGGUAUUCUCCGUCCUGCUGUAGGUGCAGGCAAAGGAUAUUCAGAAAUCCUUUUUGCAACUUCCCCAGUCAUGCAUACUGUUCGUCCAACAUUCUAUAAGGUUCAACCACUUUAUCCAAGGAUCAGAAAUGUUACAACAGCUGCUGCUGAGACCUAUGCCAAUAUCAGUUGGGAGUAUGAGGGACCAGAUCAUGCGAACUUUUAUGUUGAAUAUGGUGUAGCAGGCAGCAAAGAAGAUUGGAAAAAAGAAAUUGUAAAUGGUUCUCGAAGCUUCUUUGUCUUAAAGGGUUUAACACCAGGAACAGCAUAUAAAGUCCGGGUUGGUGCUGAGGGCCUGUCUGGUUUUAGGAGUUCAGAGGAUGUGUUUGAGACAGGUCCAGCAAUGGCAAGCCGGCAGGUAGACAUCGCUACUCAAGGAUGGUUCAUUGGUCUUAUGUGUGCUGUUGCUCUUCUGAUCUUGAUCUUACUGAUUGUUUGCUUCAUAAGGAGGAAUAAGGGUGGAAAAUAUCCAGUGAAGGAAAAGGAGGAUGCACAUGCUGAUCCAGAAAUACAACCUAUGAAGGAAGAUGAUGGAACGUUUGGUGAAUACAGCGAUGCAGAGGACCAUAAACCUCUAAAAAAAGGAAGCCGGACACCUUCAGACAGAACUGUGAAAAAAGAAGACAGUGAUGAUAGUUUAGUUGACUAUGGAGAAGGUGUAAAUGGUCAGUUCAAUGAGGAUGGCUCCUUUAUUGGACAAUACAGUGGUAAAAAAGAGAAAGAACCUGCAGAAGGAAAUGAAAGCUCUGAGGCUCCUUCUCCUGUAAAUGCCAUGAAUUCAUUUGUGUAACCACAGAACUUGAUCCCCUUGUAUCUCCAGUUUGCUUAAAGCACUUGUACGUCCUCCUUCUCAUACUAUGAACACACAGGUAACGGAGCUCCUCACCACCAGAUGUUAAUGCUAUGAGAAUAUGCAGGUUAACACCAGUACACAGCAUGACACAGUGAGUGGCAUGUUACUAUGAAACAAAAUAGAAAAUUCAAAUUUUGUUCAAAACUUGGGUAUUUUUACUUUUAUUUUUUUUAAAGGAACUGACACAAACAGUUAACAACAACUUGUAAUUUUGUUUCCUGUUGAAAAUACAGUAUAAUGCAUGGGAAAAAAAAGCCCCUACACAACUCACAAAUAAUCUUGUGUACACUAUAAAAACAUGGUUUGACAAUUUGUUAUGCAGUCCUCAGCUGAAUCCCUGGAUAUGAAUUCCGUUCUCAAUGUCAGAGUGUUAUAGUAGUAUUAUAUAGACCUUCAAUGUCUUUGUGGACAUUGUUGUGAAAUUGGUGACUUAAUGUCUAGCUAUCAUAUGUCUUUUUGCAAGACAGUUAGGAACAGUAUGUACAGUAUAUAAAUGCUAAAUGAUUUAAGUAUGACACUUGCAUUUGCUGAUGCUUAAUGAGACCCUAUUAUCUGCUCUUUGCUCCUAUUACUUUAUAGCCUUUUUAAUCUAUCAAGUAUUACAGCAGUACAGUGUUCUAUUUUUACAUCAAAACAUAUUGAAUUGAUUUUAGGGCAUAAAAGAGAUGCAUUGCAAUGCAUUUCAGAAUUUGUACAGUCACUGAAAGAAAAACUUUAAAAUUAAGAAGAAUAUUCCAGAAAACACAGGGCAAAGUACAUUCAGUGCCUUUAUACAAUAUGCAUUCCGUAAUGUGCUGUACUACUAAAUCAGUUGGUGCAGUAAACUGUGAUUAGCAGACUACUGUCAUUGCCAAAUCAAGGAAAAAUAUGGAGAAAAAGAAGUGUUAUGAAACUGUUGUGCUAAAAAUGGAAAGUUUAAAAUAUUUUAAAUUACAUAAAGAAGAGUAUGAUUUUUUUUCCCUUUAAAAAAAGCUUUCUACACAGUUACAGCACAACAUGUUUUCAUGGCCUUAGAAUACUUAAAACAAAAAUGAAAGCAAACAAACAAAAAUCCCGAAACCCAACCAGAGUUAAAUUAUUUACUAACACAACAAGAUACAAGCUCUUGUAAAAUAAAUCAUUAAAAACCCAAACCUGCUGACUCCAUGGGUGAGAGCGCAUUUCUCUGUGUCCCAGCCUGAUCAGUGUGGCAGCUUUUAAUUAUCUCCAGCCUGAAGCAGUGUGGGGGUUACCGCUCGGAACCACAGCAUUCCAUCUGACAAGUGCUAAUACGGUUUAUUGGUAAAGGAUUACCCUUAUCGGUUAAAAAAUUAUUUUCUCACAUACUAUAUCAAUCAAAUGUUUACCUCCAAAUAUAAAUUUUUAUAACAACCUAUGGUUGAAGGAAUGCUCAGUUUCAUUUGCCAAUAAAUUGGUUUUUCAUAACUUGCAUCAAGUUUAAUUUUAAGUAAGCUUUUUAUAUGUAGAUAUUUUGUUGAAUUUGUAAAUACACUUAAAGCGUAGAUGCUAUAUGCUUCUAGGUGUUACAGACAAAUAAACCAAGAAAGCUUAUGUUGUACUGUGUAAGGAGUACUACAGCCAAUGGUGUGCAUGGUAUUUUAAAGCAUCUACUUUUUUUUCUUUUUUUUUUUUUUUUUUUUUUUUGCUGUGAAAAUACAAUAGUGAUCUGCUCAUUUACUGCAGAUUCCAACUGAACCAUUCAGAGCUUUUGCCAGUGCACUACAUUAGCCCAUAGGAUAUGUUGCAGCUUUCAUGUAUAUAUUGUAGGUAAAGCACAACUGAAGUAAUCCCAAAUGUAACCCAGCUGUAAUAAGCUUCUUUUGCAUCUUUGAGCUUUCCACUGGUGAGUUUUUUUAAUGGGAACUGAAAUACAAAAUGAAUUAUAUGAACACUGAUUACAAAGCACAAAGAGAACAUUUCUUCACAGGAUUUGCCAAUGGUUUUGGUAAAAAAGAAGUAUCAUUUUACUCCUAUUUAAUUGUAGAUGCUGAAUUAUCUGUGCAUGUGGGGGUAAACAUACAGGCUCACUUCUGUAAUAGUGCAACAGAUUUUGUAUUAAAAAUAAAUGUGGUUUUAAAAUUUCACUGUUUGUUCUGUUUACACUAGCAGUAAAAAUCACAUCAUAUUUUUCCUGUAAUUAAGAAUUCAAAGUAGAAAAACAGUAUGAAAGAACUCUGACAAAAGUUGUUCCCAUGAUGUUACAGAGCUUCCAUUACUGCCACCAAAUUAUUUACAGAAAGCUGCAUAACUUCACAUGCUACCAUUUGAAAAAUUGGUAAAUUUGUCUGACCAUUUCCCAUUGAAAUCUAUGAUUUGCAUUUUACUUCCAUGAAUGAUUUUAUAAUUUAUUUAAUCAUAUUACUGCAAAGAAAAGAACUGAAACAGUCAUGUUCCAUACCUGUAAGAGUGAAUAAGAGGAAUUAAGAAUGUUGAAUUGAAAUUAAGAACCCUCAGAUAGAAUCUCAAAUAAGGAUUUUGUCUCCUAAAGGAAUUGUCUGACAUACAAAUUUAUGGUUAUCUGUUUUAAAAUAGUAUAUGAAGUGAGGAAUUUUUACUCAUCAUCUUUUACAGUACCCACAAUCCAUUGCAAUGCUCUUUUCAUAUCUUGUCUAUCCUAUAUAUGAAUGGAAACAGACUGGGCAGGAGGGCAGCUGUUCUGCAUAGAAGACUGCAGGAGAGCCAUGGAUUCCAACAGAUGCAGGUGCUUCAAGAGAUGUAUCCAAAAGAUGAUGUGUGGGCAUGAUGAUUGAAAGAGGGAUAUUAUCACUGAAUCGGAAGCCAUUCUGCAAGCCUUUCCAUAUGUAAUUUGAAACUCCUGGAUAUUUCAGCUCCUGUCAUCUGUACAGACUCAGUUCUGGCACUUCUGUCUUCAAAUAUCUUCAGAUAUUGGCUGCCUUGAUUUUUGUAAAGGUAUCUGUUGAUUUUUACAACAGUGUAAACUGUCUGGGAGAUAUGAAAUACAGCUCUUUCUGCUUCAGUUAAAGAAUACUUCCUGAAAAGUGGGGUCUGAGUCCCCUAGGCUUAGUUGGAAAAAAGAAUUUCAUACAGUAACAAUUUUUGGAGAAACACUCACAUUAUUUGUGCAUGUUCCCCAAAGUGUACUAAUACGUACAGUUGCCGUAUUUUCCUUUUACUGAUAUACCUUUACUUUUGAUUUUAUUCUCACUGAAGUGAUUGUAUAAAUCCUGAGGGAAUUAAAGAGGAUACCGCAAUGGUAA